UUUUAUUUGCUUUGAUUAUAAUAACGUAUUAAAAAUGUCCAAAUCAAAAGAAACUGAUUCUUUACUUAAUGAAUAUCAUUUGAAAAAAAAUUCAUAUGAAACCAUUCUCAAGAUAGAUAAUGGUGCAGAAGACAAUAGUCAAUUUGAUUCAUCAUCAAAAACGAGUAAAAAAAAAAGUUCCGAUUUUCACAAUUAUGAGUCCAAAAAGAUUUCUAUGACUUACUCAUGGAGCAAUAUUAAUGUCUAUCAUGUUCUACCUGAUAAAAGUUUAUGGAGACCUUUUAUUAAAAGACAGUUAAAAAAUUCAAAUAAAAAACAUCUUCUACGUGACGUAUCUGGAAUAGCCUAUCCUGGGGAGUUGCUAGUUAUAAUGGGAUCAUCAGGAGCUGGAAAAACUACUUUAUUAAAUGUUUUAACUUUUCGUUAUCAUUCCGAAAUGAACGUAUCUGGCAGAAUUGCAGUAAACGGGAAAAAAGUGAAUUCUAAUGUGCUGGCAUCUCAAAUGGCUUAUGUUCAGCAAGAUGAUUUAUUUAUAGGUACGCUGACAGUUAAAGAACAUCUUUUAUUUCAAGCUCUUGUUCGAAUGGAUAAAGAAAUACCAUAUCAACAACGCAUAAGGAGAGUAAAUGAAGUCAUAUCAGAGCUGGCACUAACGAAAAGUAGAAAUACCGUCAUUGGGAUAGCUGGGCGACUUAAAGGCAUAUCUGGUGGUGAAAUGAAGAGACUUUCAUUUGCUUCUGAAGUGUUGACAGAUCCUCCUCUAAUGUUUUGUGAUGAACCUACUUCUGGUCUCGACUCAUUUAUGGCUCACCAGGUCAUAUCAGUUCUGAAAAAAUUAGCUGCACGUGGAAAGACAAUUAUAACGACACUGCACCAGCCAUCAUCUGAAAUCUUUAGUAUGUUUGAUAAAAUAUUGUUAAUUGCCGAAGGUAGAGUUGCAUUCAUGGGCACAAGUGAUGAAGCUUGUAAUUUUUUCAGAUCCUUGGGUGCAGCUUGUCCGAGUAAUUAUAACCCUGCAGAUUAUUUUAUACAACUGCUAGCGGUUGUUCCCAGUAAAGAAGCUGCUUGUCGACAUGCAAUAAAUACUGUUUGUGAUAAAUUUGCUGAAAGUGAUGUUGGUUUAAAAAUUCUGCAUCAACUUAAAACUAUUUCUAAUGUAGAAGAUGCAGCCUAUGAUUCAAAAAAUGAAAACUUAUACAAUGCAAUGACGUAUAAAGCAAGCUGGUUUGAACAAUUUAGAGCAGUAUUGUGGCGAUCGUGGAUUUCGAUUGUCAAAGAGCCAAUUUUAAUAAAAGUUCGACUUCUUCAAACAAUAAUGAUUUCUAUUCUUAUUGGUUUGAUAUAUUUAAACCAAAAACUGGAUCAAGAUGGAGUUAUGAACAUUAAUGGAGCUCUUUUUAUUUUUCUCACGAACAUGACUUUUCAAAAUGUAUUUGCCGUUAUAAAUGUCUUUUGUUCUGAACUGCCAGUAUUUUUGAGAGAAAAUAAGAACGGAAUGUAUCGUACAGAUGUUUAUUUUUUAAGCAAAACAAUGGCAGAAGUACCAAUAUUUCUUGCUGUACCAAUCAUUUUUACUUCAGUGUCAUAUUUUAUGAUUGGGCUUUACCCAGAAGUUCAGCAUUUUUUUACAACAGUCGGAAUCGUUGCUUUAGUAGCUAAUGUUUCUACUUCAUUUGGUUACUUAAUAUCGUGCUCAAGCAAAAACAUUUCCAUGGCUCUCUCAAUCGGACCACCAGUGAUCAUCCCAUUUUUAUUAUUUGGAGGUUUUUUUUUAAAUGCUGCGUCCGUACCAUUUUAUUUUAAAUGGUUUUCAUACUUAUCUUGGUUUCGGUAUGGUAAUGAAGCUCUGCUAAUUAAUCAGUGGGCAGACAUUGACACCAUUGCGUGCACUCGAUUAAACUCGACGUGUCCAAAAUCAGGUUUGAUGGUUUUACAAACUCUCAACUUCAAAAAGGAACACUUUUGGAUGGAUGUAUGUGCAUUAGUAUUUCUUAUAUUGGCUUUUAGAACAUUGGCUUUUACUGCUCUACUUUUCAAAACAUUUCGGAGAAAAAGCUGAAUUUUUCAGUCAUCCAUGAUGAAGUGCAUAAGAAGAAUAAUUACUCGAUCAAAGCUUCGUACAAUCAACACUUUCUACUUUGUUACUUAAAUAAAAAUCAGAUUAUCCAUUAAAAAAUUUUUGGUGACUGUAUAAAAUUCAAACGUUGAACGAGGAUGAAUGAGUUAAAAUUGUAUAAAUAAAAAAAUAUUUUAAGUUUU